AUGGCAAUCGCUGAAAUUAACACAAAGAUCUCUCAGCAUCUUCGCAGCAACAGCUUGACCUCUGCAGCUCAUCCACUUGCAUCACAAUUUGAGGAGCAUUUGCAUGGAUUGAAGGGUUCUGAAGCCACUUCUUCAUUGUCAUCAUCUUCUGUGUGCCACAAACUUAAUGACAUGCUCGAUUUGCAUGACUACACUAAUAAGUUGCUUCAAUUGCCAAUUGAACAACAAGCCUUCGCACAAGAAUGCAAUGAUAAAUGGGUUGAUGAAUUACUAGAAGGGUCUCUAAGGCUCUUGGAUAUAUGUAGUACAGCUAAAGAUUGUCUUUUGCAAUCAAAGGAAUGCAUGCAUGAAUUACAAUCGGUGAUCCGAAGAAAGAGAGGCACUGAAACUGAAUUUGUAGUUGAGGGUGUGAAGUACUUGGCUCUAAGGAAGAAGAUGAAGAAGCAAAUUCAAAAGGGCUUGGAAAAUUUGAAAGCAAUGAAAAAUGAGCUCAUUCCUUCUUCUUCAAUCAAGGACAACAAGCCUUCAUCCAUGCUUAGCUUCUUAAAAGAAGCACAAGCAAUUACUUUGAGCUCUUUAGAACAAUUGUUACUUUUGAUCUCAGACUCAAAAGGACACUCAAAGCACAGAAGAUGGUUAGCAAUAUCCAAGUUGAUGCAGCCUAAAAGAGCAGUUUGUAACUCUGAAGAAUCAUACACUAAUGGAUUUGAAAACGUGGAUGCAGCUUUGCAGUCUCUCAUCAGUCACAAGCCUUCAUAUAUUGAGAAUUUUCACAGUCAUAUGGAAAAUUUGGGGAUGUGCAUUCAAGAUCUAGAAAUAGGAAUUGAGCACCUCUCAAGAAAAUUAAUUAGAAAUAGAGUUUCCCUUCUUAACAUCUUCAACCAUUAA